UGAUUUCCACCAAAGAUAGACAUAAUACUCUUAUAGCUACUUCAAAAAACACAAAAUUUCUAGAGCGAGAAACUAAGUGAAUCAACAAUGGCGCCAGCUGGUAGUACCACUACUGCUACUGUAACUUUAAUCUUCUUCGUACUAAGUUUAUCAGCCAUUACUAAUGUCAAAUCAUGCACAGUUGGAGACAGGAAUGCUCUGUUAGCAUUCAAAUCCGCCCUAACUGAAUCACAAUUCGGUAUAUUCAAAACAUGGAGAGGAACAGAUUGCUGUAAAUCUUGGUAUGGUGUUCAUUGUGAUCCAUCAUCUAAAAGAGUCACAGAAAUCAGUUUGAGAGGUGAGUCGCCUGAAAGUUCUGUCCCGACUCUAGAAAAAAUGGGAAGAUCUGGUUAUAUGACCGGUGUUAUUACACCAGCAAUCUGUAAACUAGAUCGUCUUUCCACAAUUAUUAUCGCUGAUUGGAAAGGAAUUUCUGGUAAUAUUCCUAAAUGUAUUACUACUCUUUCUUUUCUUCGUGUGCUUGAUUUGGUUGGAAAUCAAUUCUCUGGUCCAAUCCCGUAUAACAUUGGGAGACUUCACAGGCUUACUGUUUUAAAUUUCGCUGAUAAUCAAAUUAACGGUGUAAUUCCUUCUUCAAUCGUUCAAAUGUCUUCUUUGAUGCAUCUUGAUCUUCGAAGCAACAAGAUUACCGGCGAGAUUCCAACUGAAUUCGGCAACUUAAAGAUGCUAAGCAGAGCAUUGUUGAGUAAAAACUUGAUUUCUGGUUCUAUUCCAAGUUCUAUUUCAAAAAUUUACAGGUUAGCUGAUUUGGAUUUGUCGGUGAAUCAGUUAUCAGGAUCUAUUCCAGAGGCAUUUGGAAGAAUGCCGGUUCUUUCGACGUUGAACCUGGAUAUGAAUAAGUUUUCUGGCGAGAUACCAACCACUUUAUUAAGUGGUUCAGGAAUAAGUAUAUUGAAUUUAAGCAGAAAUGCAUUGGAAGGUAAAAUCCCAGAUGUUUUUGGAGAAAGAUCUUAUUUCACUGCACUGGAUUUAUCUUACAAUAAUUUGAAAGGACCGAUUCCAAAAUCUGUAACUUCGGCUUCGUAUAUUGGGCAUUUGGAUCCGAGCCAUAAUCAUCUCUGUGAUCCGAUUCCAAAUGGUGCACCAUUCAAUCAUCUCGAGGCUUCUUCCUUCGUCAACAAUGAUUGUCUUUGUGGUUCUCCCCUCAAGAGAUGCCCUUAAAAAGAUUAAUUAAUUUUUAACUUUUAGAUAAAUACAGCUACUUAUCACAUGAAUGUUAAUGUCUUACUUCAAAUGCGACAAGACUCGGCGUUAUUAGCUCUAUUACUUGUUCAACAAAUGAAAUAUCAGCUGCUGCAUCUCCUGGAUCAUCUACAUGCCUAGCAAUUUCUAGGUUUUACCCCUUUGAAUCACCAAUAUUCUGGCCCACAUUAUCA